AUGAUAAUCGAACGCGCGCUGCAGGUGCAAGCACAGACUUCGAAACUGUGUGCCACCCACUCCAUUGUGCAGAUCCCUACGCCAAGUGUCGACAAUCAUAAUGGCAGGGAACUCAAAUUCAUCAUACUCAUCGACUACACACCCGCUACAUGGCUUUCUGCCUCGGAAAGUAAGUGGCGCACAGGUUCGGAAAGCACUCGUACGUUGUGGAAUCUUUAUCUGCUACCAUUGACCCCAAACGUCUGGCAGGAACAUGAUCUCAACCCAUUCACAAGUCCACCGACACAUCAUACAGCCCGAUAUAAGGAGCUCCUGGCAUCCAGGAAGGAGCUCCCUAUCUACGCACGGAUGGAUGAUUUCUUUACAGUGUUCCAUGAAAACCAGAUUGUCAUAUUGGCUGGAGAGGCCGGAUCUGGCAAGACGACUCAAAUUCCACAGUUCGUUGCAUAUUCGGAUCUAGCCCAUUCAAGAGGGAAAAUGAUUGCAUGCACACAACCACGUCGGAUCGCAGCGACGUCUUCUGCACAGCGUGUUGCAGAGGAGAUGGACGUUGAACUAGGCCAUCAAGUCGGAUAUUCGAUUCGAUUCGAAAACAAGACAACGCAAGGGACCUUCCUCAAAUACAUGACCGACGGUAUGCUUCUGCGCGAAGCGAUGAAUGACCCCAACCUUCGAAAGUACUCGACUAUCAUCCUUGACGAGGUUCACGAACGCACUCUUGCUACCGAUAUGCUAAUGGGUCUUCUUAAAUCCGUUGCCAAACGCCGCGCCGAGUUAAAAAUCAUCGUCAUGUCUGCUACCAUUAGCGCCCACAAGUUCCAGAAGUACUUCAGUCUGGGAUCAGACACGGAGGUACCCCCGGUAUUCAAGGUUCCUGGCCGUACACACCCCGUAGAGAUUGUCUACACUCAAGACCUCAUGAAAGAACCUGAACAUUACGUCGAUGCAGCGAUCCGAACUGUAGUCGCGAUACACCGUGCUGAACACCCUGGCGAUAUUCUUCUGUUCCUCACUGGCGAAGAGGAAAUAGAAAUGGCGUGUUCGAAGAUACGACAUAAAGUGAAGUGUCUCAUUGAUCUAUAUCCUUCCUCUGUGGGCCCAAUCGUCUGUACCCCGCUUUACUCGUCACUAGAGCCCAUCCAACAACAACGCGCUUUCGACCCUGCUCCACCUGCCCGAGGUCCUAACCAUCCACCUGGUCGAAAAGUGGUCGUGGCUACAAAUAUUGCAGAGACGUCGCUCACGAUCGACGGGAUUGUUUACGUCGUCGAUCCUGGUUUCUCCAAGCAGAAAAUGUACAACCCCAGAACACGGGGCGAGAGUUUGCUGGUCCAGCCUAUAUCUAAAGCAUCGGCACAGCAACGAGCAGGCCGGACAGGGCGCACACAGCCUGGCAAGUGCUUCAGGCUAUAUACGGAGGAGUAUUUCAUGUCGCUCGAAGAGCAGACGUGUCCCGAAAUAUUGCGUAGCAAUCUUAGUGGCAUGGUACUUCAGCUUGUGAAGCUUGGUAUUCAAGUUAAGGAUCUCGCCCGGUUUGAUUACGUCGAUACACCUACUCCCGAGACAUUAAUGCGGGGGAUAGAAUCAUUGACUUUCUUGAAAGCCCUUGACGAGGAUGAAAAUUUGACACCGUUGGGUUCCAUGAUUGGAGAGUUCCCUCUCGAUCCUCAGUUGGCGUCAUUGCUCGUCGCGAGCCCCCAAUUUAAAUGCAGUGAAGAAAUUCUCACAAUUACUUCUAUGCUUUCUGUGCCCAGAAUCUGGGUUCGCCCAGUAGACCAGAAAAAGGAAGCUGAUCAGGCCAAAGCGCUCUUCACAGUUCGAGGCAGUGACCACUUGACGCUACUCAACGUGUAUAACCAGUAUGUACAGAAUAAAUCUGUCGAGGAUUGGCCCGAGACGAACUUCGUCUCAGGACGAGCACUGGUUGAAGCAGAGAAGGUCCGCGCGCAGCUACAGCAACUUAUGGGGAGGUUCGAGCUGGAGCUGAUAUCAAUAACCGACAAAAAUAAGUCGUAUCAGUCGGGUGGUGGCUACGUGACGGUGAAGGAAAACCACUUCGCCAAAUUGCACCCUUCUUACGGAGGCCCGGAACUCCCCGAAUGGGUUCUGUUCAACGAAUUCAUUAUUACUGGGCGAUCAUUUCUUCGCACCGUCUCCGCAGUCAGCCCAGAAUGGCUUCUAGAGAUUGCUCCAAGUUACUUCAACUUGCGUACCUUCCCCGACGGCAAGACGAGGCGAGCGCUGGAGAAUCUCAUAGAACAGAAGACGGCCGGUAGCUCCAACAAUUUCAGGUCUUUGUAUACCAUGGAAGAUGCAGUCGCCAACCUUACGGGAGCAUCUGCUUACACCUUGGAAGACGCAGUUGCAGGGUUCAGCAGAAUGGCUCCGAGGGCUUUAGCAAUCUCCAGGGCUCGCGAGAUGAAUAGAGCGCGCCGCAUGGAACUAGAGAAGAGGAUCCAACAGAUUAGACAUCGAAAAGCCACCAGAGCCGCUUCAUCCCGCUCGAUCAACCCCGUGUCUUUGUACACCAUGGAAGAUGCAAUCGCUAACGUCACGGGGACGUCUGCAUAUACCAUAGAGGAUGCAGUCUCGAGGUUCACACAAAUGACUCUUGAUGACUAUUCGCUGCUUUUCCAUCGCUAG